AUGUCCGAGGAUGGCAUGCCGUUCGUCUCGUCGUCGACGGCGUCAGACGCCCUCGGGCUCGGGACGUCGAACCUGACGCAAAAGGGAGUACACGGUGGGAGGCUUGACUUGUGUGUGGAGAUGGAAGGACGGGUUCCCGAGACGCAGGACAUCAAUGCGCUUCGCCAACAUUCGAGUACGUUAGUGAACGCAGGAGGUUGGGACGUAGAUGCGUAUCCUGCCGUUGCGUCCCAGGGCAUCCGAGAUGACGCAGCGUCUUGUGCUACACAUGUCGACCUUCCGGUCUUCCGCACCUUCGCGACAGAGCCGCCGUCUUCCGUCCGCGACGCGUGGAUCCUCUGUGGUAAGACGUUCUUCGCUCCCUCCGUCCCGAGUCUGAUCUCGCGCUGCAGCGACCGCCAGAGGCCGGGAGGCUCGCCGCAACAGCGGGACAUCGUAGACCGAACACCAGAGAUCGUCUUCGUCCGCAAGAGACCUAGAAGCUCGUCGCGGAGCAAAGCGUACGUGUACGACUGUACACAACGCUGCGUCGUCCCGAGCUUUGAUCUCGCCGUGCAUCGGUGCGCUGUAGACCGCGCGUCACCAUCUCUCCCGCCCGUCGUCGAUGCGCCCUUGGCAUUCAGCAAGAACAAGCCGACAUUCGAAUACGCGGACGCGGAGGGCUGGGCCGUAGAAGCAUACGUGUACAUUGUAGGAAUGCCGAAGCCUCGAGGUAGGGUGAAGCGUGCGACAUGCAUGCUCUACCUCGAGCACGACGACAUCGCGCACAUCUCCAAUGGCGAACUGCACAUCCACCAGCUGUGGGGCACGAACAAGGAGGGCAGGCGCGCGACGCCGGCACACCAGCGCAACAUCGAGACGCUCGAAAUCGAGCUUGCGGAGAUCAUGAAGGGCAACUUCGACCAUUAG